UGAGGUGGCAGCAUGUCUGGCAGAGGCAAGGGCGGGAAGGGGCUCGGCAAGGGGGGCGCCAAGCGCCACCGCAAGGUGCUGCGCGACAACAUCCAGGGCAUCACCAAGCCGGCCAUCCGGCGCCUGGCGCGGCGCGGCGGCGUGAAGCGCAUCUCGGGGCUCAUCUACGAGGAGACGCGCGGCGUGCUCAAGGUGUUCCUGGAGAACGUGAUCCGCGACGCCGUCACGUACACGGAGCACGCCAAGCGCAAGACGGUCACGGCCAUGGACGUGGUGUACGCCCUGAAGCGCCAGGGUCGCACCCUCUACGGCUUCGGCGGCUGAACGCCUCUGUUUUUCAAAACUAAAUUGUACAAACACCAAGGCUCUUUUCAGAGCCACCCACAGAUUUCACAACGAGAGCUGUUAAUUACUGUAGGAAAAACAAAAACUAAU